AUGUCCGACCCGCCGUUCACAGUCAAGGCUCUUUUUGAAUAUACGUCAGAGCAUGAAGAUGACCUUCAUUUUCAACUCGGUCAAGUAAUCACCGUCACCGCCGAGGAGGAUGCCGAUUGGUACUAUGGGGAAUACAUCGACGAUUCCGGCUCAAAGCAAGAGGGGAUUUUCCCUCGCAAUUUCGUCGAGAGAUUUGAACCCACCGCUCCUCCAAGGCCGAAUCGCCCGGUGAAAGCAAGGAAGGAGUCAGAGCCGGUUGCUGCGCCAUCACAACCGAUUGUCGCAGAGACAAGCGGGAAUGAACCCAUUCAGGAAGAUAGACCAAGUCUAGUGGCAGCCAGUGAGCCAGUUCAAGAAAAAGAAUCACCAUUACCGCCUGCUCCUGCCCCGGCCCAUGUUGUUGAACCGAUUUCUCCUCCAGUAACCUCGCAACCACCGAAGCAGCAGCAGCCUGACUCUCCUCCUGCUCCCGCCCCUGUUACUAAAGCACCUCCUCCAGCCGUUUCAAGCAAGCCGAGCUCGAAUGCUUUCAAGGAUCGGAUUGCUGCAUUUAACAAGCCUGCUGCGCCUCCUAUCGCGCCGUUCAAGCCUGGUGGCCCAAGUAGCACUUCCAAUUCUUUCAUAAAGAAACCAUUUGUCGCGCCUCCUCCAAGCAAAAACGCAUAUGUUCCAAUACCAAGGGAGCAACUUGCACCGAAACCAUACCGCCGUGAAGAGGACCCUGAAUUUGCCAAUAGAGAGCCGCCGGUUUCGGAACGCUCACAGCCCCCACCUGCUGCAGCAGAGCCGUCUCAAGAUGAGGAGCAGCCGAAGCCAACUACUCUCAAGGAGAGGAUUGCAUUGCUUCAGAAACAGCAGAUGGAACAGGCGUCUCGUAUGGCUGAGGCUGCACAGAAGAAAGAGAAGGCCAAAAAGCCGCCUAAGAAACGAACUGACCUUCAACAAGCUCCUAUUAUUCCUGCUUCUGCCGAGGGCACGGAGUUGGAGCAGACUGCUGAACCUCUGGAAACUCCUAGAAAUGAACGCCCAUCUCUGGAAGGCGAGACUGGGGAGGAAGUUAGAUCUCCACAACUCACCAGCCCACCUCAGCCUUCAAGGGAACUUUUGAGUGAUCCCAAUGAUGCGGACUAUUCAGGCGCUGCCGACACGGAAGAUGCAGAAGAAACUUCGACAAGUAAAGAAGAUUAUGAUGAAAGACCUCGAGCAGAAAACACUGUCGUGUCCGAACAGCCAGCAGCUAUCAGUGAUAAUGAAGAAGAAGAACAAGAGGAAGAGGAGGCCAAGGAGGAGGAAGAGGAACAGGAUGAAGAUAUUGACCCGGAAGUCAAGAGGAAGAUGGAAUUGAGAGAGCGAAUGGCCAAGAUGAGUGGUGGCAUAGGCAUGAUGGGUAUGUUUGGCGGUGGUAUGCCAGGCAUGUACGGCGGUGCAAAGAAGGCGAAGCCUGCUGAAGAUGCCGGUGGGAAACAAGAAGAGGAACCAGAGAGUACCGUGCCCACAACACAUGCUCCCCCGGUACCAAUCAUGGCAUUGCCUGGAAUGAAUAUUUCGAAACCCGAACCAAUAUCCUCUCCAAAGGAGGUUUCGAAAGAAGACGAGUACGGAAAUACUCCCCUCACUCAAUUGCAUUCGCCAGGAGAGGUGCCAGAUAUUGAGGAUGUGACGGAGGAGCCUGAGACAGCACCACGUAAAUCAAUGGAUAGGACUCGUCCGCCCCCUCCUCCUCCUCAAGAGCGCUCUAUUCCACCACCUCUGCCUCCCGUCGAGAGCAGGCCCCCUCCGCCUCCAGCCCCAGAAUCACGACCCUUGCCUCCAGCUCCCCGUCCUCCCAUGUCUCCAAGCUCUGGUUCCGAAUCGGACGACGAGAUCUCUAUUCGUACUAAAAGUAUGUCUUUGAACACAGCAGUAGAGGCACCGCCAGCGCCGCCAGCACCACCUCGCCGCUCAUCGACAUUUGAGUCUCCGAGAUCUCCAACAAUAUCAGAAAGGCGUUUCAGUCGCGGACCUCCUCCGAUCCCAACAAGCCCUCCCCAUGGACUAGCUUCUCCACCACAGGCUCGACCCCCACCACCACCACCACCUCCUCCUCCUGGAACGUUGUCCCGGCAAGGCACUUCGGAUACUAGACAUGGUUUCAUUUCUCCAGACGAUGAUAUUCAAGACGAGACUACCGAGUAUGAAGCGGACUAUGACACUGAUAUGGCCCCGAGUGCCAAGUUCAAAGAUGCGCUCAAGUCACACGAUAGGGAGUCUAGUUUUGAUGACGGAGGUGAUGAGAGGUCGCCCCUGUCUCCGCGAGUUCCUCCUGAGAGCCGCCUGCCUCCUCCUCCGCCCCCUCCCACGGCUCCGCGUGCUAUGCCUCCUCCGCCUCCGCCUAGUCAGCCACCACGAACAUCAAUAGAUGCGCCUAGAUCUGCGCCUCCUCCUCCGCCUCCCCUUCCACGGGAUGUGCCUGCUGAAAAGGAAGAGGAAAAUGAUGAUGAGUACGAUCCUUAUCGAUACGAUUCUGGUCGUCCGCAUCUACCUCCUCUACCUGCAAACCCCCCUCCACAACAGGAUUAUAAUGAUGACGAUGACGACUAUGACGAUGCUGUUUCUCAAGCCCAUGCUCCUCCCCCACCUCCGCCUCCUGAAAGAGCUGUUGCUCCUCCCCCUCCACCACCGACAAGUGAGGCUCCUCGAUCUCGGCAGAGCUUCGACGUGUCCAGAACUCUGAUGAACACACGCCGGUCAAUGGACGUUCCCCGGCCAUCUCUUGACAUGGGAUUCAUUGCAACUGACGUAGAUCUUGCGGAGAACACAUACUGGUGGACGCAGCCGAACACUCCGCCUCCCGUUUUCCAGAAUCGCAAAGACUUGCUGUACGAGAUCGACGAGUCAACAUCGUCCAAACGCGGCGGUAAGACUACUGUCAAUAAAGACGUCUACGUUCUAUUCGCGGACUAUUCGCAGACCAUCAUCAACACCCGGUUUGACGCAAAGAACCCAAGCGAUGUAUCCUUUGAACAAGUACAUAAAGCACCUCCGAACAAACUACGCCAAGAUCAGCUAGAAACGGCCCAUGAACAAUAUGGGCGUCGAAUUUCGGCGGCUGUCAGUACAAUACAGAAUACGACGGUUGGUGAUGGCACGUCUCACGGUCUUGUUCAAUACCUCCUUGCACCGCUUGGCGACGUGCUUCUGCCGGUAGGUACACGAUCUUACGGGGCCUUGGUGUAUGCCAAUUUGGCCAAUGCGUCUGUCCAGCAAAACGAUGAGAUCCGCGCGGGUGAUAUCAUCAGCUUCCGCAACGCUCGUUUCCAGGGCCACCGUGGAGGACUGCACCAGAAGUACAGUGCCGAGGUGGGCAAGCCGGACCAUGUCGGAGUCAUUGUUGACUGGGACGGAACCAAAAAGAAGAUCCAUGCUUGGGAACAGGGCCGUGAGAGCAAGAAGGUUAAACCGGAAAGCUUCAAGCUAGGCGAUCUCAAGAGCGGAGAAGUCAAGGUCUGGCGCGUCAUGCCUAGAAGCUGGGUAGGCUGGGCGUAA